AUGGAUGUUCCUAAUCAAAUUAGCCGUGCAGAACCAAGACAUUGUUUUCAGGUCUCUUCCAGAUCUAUCUCCAGGUCUAGGUCUUUCUCGCAAUCAUGCAUCAAUCCAAGAUUAAAAACGAAACAGUUAUCGAGCAAGCCUUUUACCGGUGGGGUGACUGCAAUUACUGCCAUCGCCGCCACCGCAGCAGCCAAGGCUGCCGCGGCCGCAACGGUCGUCUCGAAAGCAAAGUUUAGAACCUCUUCUUCCUCCACAUCAUCAUCCUCAAGUGAUUCCAGCUCUUCGUUGAAUGGAGAUCCUGAUAUGAGUUUGAUGGGGCCCCGUGUAUUUCAACGUAGAGGAGGUGGAGAAGUCCAGCCUCCAGGCGCUCCUGGGGGUCCUCGUGGUCUUGGGCCACAGCCACUAGUACAAAAAGCAAACUUAACAGGAGGCAACAUAAGUAAAAUGCGUGGAAAUGUAAACGCUCAGCGGCUGCACAACCGAAAUAUUGGAUGGCGUCUUGGACGCCGAAAAGAGUUAAAUGAGCGAAGGCGACGUAUUUCUGACUAUUCACUUUCGUUUGCGCUUUUUGGGCUAGCUGUUAUGAUACUUGAAACCGAGAUGACGAUGAACAGUAUUUAUGGAAAAAUUUAA